CCCGUGUUCCGUGUUUUACGUGGAUUUUCUGUCGUUUUCUUUUUUUAUAAGUUUAUUAGAAAUAAUUUAAAUUUUUUAAAAUAAUCUAAGAAAAACUAAAGUGACAAGAAUUAUACAUAUAAUAAAAAUAUAUUAAAACCUAAAAGAAACACGGACAAUAAGUUAAAAACAGGACAUUGACAUUAAAGCGAAAGUCCACAAAACACCAGCCCCAGUAAAAAGACCACUUUUUAAGAAAAAAAGCUCUUUAAGAGAAAUUAAAUAAAAAGAAAUGAACAUCCCAAACGAAUAUAUUACAAAAACGGAAGAUGUGGCGGAUCAGGUCAUACGUCGCGGAAAAAAUAUCCUGCCAACAGUAGCACGUUUGUGCCUGAUAGCCACUUUUUUUGAAGAUGGCUUACGUAUGUACUUCCAAUGGAAUGAACAACGAGAAUAUAUGGAUAUGAGCUGGGGUUGUGGUAAAUUUAUGGCUACCGUAUUUGUUUUAGUUAACUUAAUUGGACAACUUGGAGGCUGUGGAAUGGUCAUUGCUAGAUUUAAAGUUGACAUUGCCGUUGGUAUUCUCUUUUUCAUUGUUGUCUUGCAGACAAUUGCCUAUUCAAUAUUGUGGGACAUACAAUUCCUAUUGCGUAAUCUGGCUCUAAUCGGUGCAUUGUUACUGGUAUUAGCAGAAUCCCGCGUCGAAGGUCGUAGUUUGUUUGCUGGCGUACCCUCAUUGGGAGACAAUAAGCCCAAAAAUGUUAUGCAACUCGCUGGUCGUGUUUUGCUUGCAUUCAUGUUUAUUACAUUGAUUCGUUUCGAAUUGAGUUUCUUGCAGAUUCUUCAAGAUAUUGCUGGCUCAAUUUUGAUGGUUUUAGUAACAAUUGGUUACAAAACUAAAUUGUCUGCUUUGAUUUUGGUUGCUCUUUUGACUGUAUUGAACUUGUAUCAUAACGCGUGGUGGACCAUUCCAGCCUACAAGCCUCUCAGAGAUUUUCUCAAAUAUGACUUUUUCCAAACUCUUUCCGUUAUUGGCGGUUUAUUGAUGAUUGUAUCCUUGGGACCCGGUGGUGUAUCUAUGGAUGAACACAAGAAAAAAUGGUAGAUGUGUCAACAGGAAGUUCAUUAUUUGUUACUUCUUUUUAUAGUUCACACCAUCAAUAACAAAAAAACAUAAAAA